CCCACAAGCCGGUGGUUGCGGUGGUGACGCUAGGGGUAUCCCGGACCAGGGGGCUAAAGAUUGUGUGUGACGCAACGAAGUCAGUGACCCGCACAAAGACGCUAUGUCCGCCCAAGGGCCCCCGACAGCACAGCACAACGGACCACCCCAGCCUCAGCCAUCACCCGGAUACAGGCUAUAUCCAUCAGCUCACACUGCACACCCUGCUUUCUACUCCCAAGUGCCGAGUAAAGUCGCUCCAACAUACUCAAAUAGCCAAUAUGGAGCAGAUUAUUACUCCAGCAGCUAUGCAGCAUCUUCGCAAAACCCACUGCCGCAACCCAUGCAAGCUUCUGUUGUGAACACAAAUCAAGAUUCACAACCCUUGUACCAGAGCCACCCUCAAGGUCAUCAUAUCGCAGGGUCACAAGGACCAGGUACAACUAUGGGUCCUUCCGCAGCUCACGUUCCUUCUGGUCUUCAGCAGCCAUACCCUUCAUUUGCUGAAUAUGCUUACAUGUCAUAUCCUGCCUCUUCAUGUCCACCUCAGGGAUUAUCUACUCCUUCUGGUCAAUAUUCUUCUGCAAAAUGUAGCCCUCCAUAUCCAGGAUCAACAUACUCGUCCAUGCCCGUCAACAGUAACUAUGGACAAACUAUGCCCUCUCAAAGCCUCCAGGCCAUCCCUCAGGUGAAUAACAGUGUGCAGAAAGUGCAUGUAGCCGGUGGCCCUUCAAUGCUUCAUCGGGAUUUACAUCUGCAGAGCGCAACCCCAACGCCAGCUGUAGUACAGCAACAUCCAAAUGAUGGUCAUCUACAGAACCAUGGCAUGUCUUUGGCUCCAAAACAUAUUCAGUCUGCCACAGUGUCUGCUGCGUUCCAUAUGCAAGGACCAAAUACCUAUGUGCAGUCCGGUGUUGGAGUACCUUCUGUUACCUCCCUAUCACAGCAACCUCUUCCCGAUAACCAGUCACACGGGCCGGGAGCUGUUAUGUCUCAUGCGCAAUCGUCCAAUCCUUCAGGGCGAGAAGGCAUGCAGUUUGCUGGAUAUGUCAAUAAUCAAGCUAACUCUGCACCAACUCCCUUGUCAUCCAGCUCAGAUGAUGAGGAAGAGGAGGAGGAUGAUGAGGAAGCAGGUAUUGACGAAAGCUCCUCUACCACCAGUAGUGCAUCGUCAGAGCCGAAAAACUAUGAUGUUCUGGAAGGGGGAGGCUAUACAGAUACGCCCCCAGCAAGUAGCCCAGCUCUUAUAAACGCUACUUCACAAAGCUCCAAACCUGCAAAGCCCUUUGGCCACGGAUACCCAAGCCUUCAGCCUGGCUACCAGAAUUCUGCACCCCAGCCGAGCUCCCAGUCCAGCACCCCCGUACACCAUCCUGGCUAUUCACAGUAUUCUUCACAUUACAACCAACUGCCAGCUUCCCUGGGUGGAUUAAGCCUUCAUCAGGCACAGCAGCCAGAAGGCCUACGACCUGUGAACCUGAUACAGGAUAGAAACCUCCUCCCUGCGACUGCGCUGCCAGCCCCGGCUCCUAACCUGAAUUCAGACCUUAGAAGAUUAAAUUGCAGCCCAGAUGCUUUUCGGUGUACGCUUACUAACAUUCCACAAACCCAGGCGCUGUUGAACAAAGCUAAGCUUCCUUUAGGAUUACUACUUCAUCCCUUUCAAAGCAAACCGAACAUCCCUGUGAUAUCUCCCAGCAGUAUUGUAAGGUGUAGGUCUUGCAGAACAUACAUAAACCCCUUUGUUUCUUUUAUUGACCAAAGGAGGUGGAAAUGCAACCUUUGCUACAGAGUAAACGAUGUACCCGAGGAAUUUAUGUAUAAUCCGGUGACGCGCUCUUAUGGGGAGCCUCAUAAGCGGCCGGAAGUUCUGAAUGCUUCUGUGGAGUUUAUAGCUUCGUCUGAUUACAUGCUGAGGCCUCCUCCACCAGCCGUAUAUCUCUUUGUUCUGGAUGUAUCCUACAAUGCUGUCGAGUCUGGAUAUUUAAAGAUUUUCUCUCAAGCGCUCCUGGAUAACCUAAACAAGUUGCCUGGAGAUUCCCGAACAAAGAUGGGCUUCAUUACGUUUGAUAGCACUGUCCACUUUUACAAUUUGCAAGAAGGCCUCUCUCAGCCCCAAAUGCUGGUUGUUUCAGAUAUAGAUGAUAUUUUCUUACCUACACCUGAUGGCUUACUUGUAAACCUACAUGAAAGCAUGGAGCUCAUCAAAGAUCUUUUAACUGCUCUGCCCAGUAUGUUUAACAAUACUAGAGAAACCCACAGCGCUCUGGGCCCUGCUCUUCAAGGAGCUUUUAAACUAAUGUCAUCCACGGGUGGACGGAUUUCAGUGUUUCAGAGUCAGCUGCCAUCUGUGGGAGCAGGGCUUCUACAGUCUAGAGAAGAUCCAAAUCAACGGUCAAGCACUAAGGGAGUGCAGCAUUUGGGUCCCGCCACAGACUUUUAUAAGAAGUUGGCCUUGGAUUGCUCCGGCCAGCAAACCGCUGUUGAUUUGUUUUUGUUGAGUUCUCAGUAUUCAGACCUUGCUUCGCUAGCUUGCGUGUCAAAGUACUCUGCAGGAUGUAUGUAUUAUUAUCCAUCCUUCCAUCACACUCACAAUGCAGUGCUUGCUGAAAAGUUGAAGCAUGAUCUUGAUCGUUAUCUCACCCGAAAGAUUGGAUUUGAAGCUGUAAUGAGAAUACGGUGCACCAAAGGCCUCUCAAUACACACGUUUUAUGGGAACUUGUUUGUACGUUCCACGGACCUCCUGUCUCUCGCCAACAUUAAUGAAGAUGCUGGCUUUGCAGUACAAAUGUCUAUUGAAGAAAGCUUAACAGACACAUCUCUGGCAUGCUUUCAGGUGGCACUACUGUACACUUCUAGCAAAGGUCAGAGGAGGAUCCGGGUGCACACGUUGUGCUUGCCUGUAGUAAACUCACUGCCUGAGGUUUUUGCAGGAGCGGACGUCCAAGCUGUGACAUGCCUUCUUGCCAACAUGGCUGUAGAUCGAUCAGUCGCCUCAAGCCUUUCAGAUGCCAGGGAUGCAUUAGUAAACGCUGUGGUGGAUUCUCUGUCGUCCUACAAUUCAACACUGUCAAACCUCCAGCAAACUACCCUGAUAGCACCACAUUCUCUGAGACUUUUCCCUCUCUACAUUCUGGCUCUUCUGAAACAGAAAGCUUUCAGGACCGGUACCAGUACACGACUGGAUGAUCGAGUCUUUGCUAUGUGCCAGAUGAAGUAUCAGCCUCUGGUUCAUCUAAUGAAAAUGAUUCAUCCAAAUCUCUACAGAGUAGACCGGCUCACUCACGAGGUUUCCAUCCUUGUCAAUGACUGUGCCGUACCACAGCCUUCCUUUCAGUCCCUGUCUGCAGAAAAACUGUCAAGAGAAGGUGCCUUCCUGAUGGAUGCGGGCACAUCUCUCUAUCUCUGGGUUGGAAGAAAUUGUGAUGCUAAUUUUUUGAUGGAUGUGCUAGGAUUUCCCAACUAUGCAUCAGUGCCACAAAGGAUGACAUCUCUUCCCGAGUUGAAUACUCUGGCUUCAGAAAGAAUGAGAAACUUUAUAUCGUGGUUGAAACAAGAUAGCCCUUUAAACCCCAUUCUUUAUGUCAUAAAGGACGAUAGCUCAGCGAAGACUGAAUUUUUCCAGCAUUUAGUAGAAGACCGGACAGAGGCAGCCUUCUCCUAUUAUGAGUUCUUGCUGCACAUUCAGCAACAAGUUUGCAAGUAGAAAACAAAUGACGUGGAGGACAAAACACUGCACCCAUUCCCACACUCUGACACCAUUGAGUAUGAAGAUGGAUUUAAAAAAGAUAAUGACAUAACAGUGGGCACUGACCUUUUUGUUCAUUUUUUAAACAAUGUUUCAGUUGGAGGCAGAUAUACAGAAGCAACAACCCUGUAUAGCUUAGGGUUUCUGCAGGUUUGUGUGUGUAUUUGUGUGGUGUUGUGGUUGUGUGUGUGUGUGUGUGUGGGACAACAGAUUCAGAGGUUCUUGGCUUUCAGAACAAUUAGAAACCUUUUGUUACUCCUAUAUUGUAUCUUCCAGAUAUGAUGAGAUGCCAAAGAGUAGUGUUACACACACCUUUAUAUCUAGAUUUUAACAGAAUCCUUUGCAACGUUUGGCGUUCUUGACCUGGAAGACUAGAAAUUACAUAUAUUUAGUAGAGGGAUACAAAUAUAAUGUGUACAUUAUGUAAUGCAUUUGUAAACUAUGUGUAAAAAUGUAACUACAGGAAAUGAAUGCUAAAGUGUGAAGCCGUGAUGAAUGUGGAACUGUUUGAAGUUGAUUGGGGUUUGCGGGUAACUGCAAAGUUCGUCACAGAAACAGUUUUACUUUUUGUGUUAUGUGUUACGUGGAUUUAUUUAUGACUUGCAUACUAAUUAAACAUAUUUUGCUUCAUGAUGUGUUUUUAUACUUAUAUGAGCAAUAUCUAUUUUAGAAACCAACAUCUAACUGUAUAGACCCAUGACUUGCUGGAACUUGUUAACUGAAAAGGAAAAAAUUUAAAGCUUCACCCUGUGUGUCACUGGCAGGUCCAGUUUUUGGAGUUAAUAGCAGGUUUGUUGACUUCAUUCACUGGUGCUUGUUUUGUUACGUCUUGACAUCUGACAUCAAAUUUCCAGCCAGCAUGUUUAAUGUCAUGUUUUAUAUACAUUUUAUCCUGCGUCUUGCAUUGUGCCCCUAAAAAAAACAAAAACUUGUAAAAUGUAACACAUUGUGAAAAGCCUUGCAAAUCAAAGUUUAUUUAUCAUGUAGAAUGCUGCAGAACUUCUGAAAAUAUUACAUUUGUAUGCUAGUAAGUUAAUUUAUUUUCUAAGUUUUAAAUAAAGGUGUGCGUUACAGCCGGUUACAGUACUACAGCGUAUCCUUAUCGACUCUUUAUCCUGGCAUCAUAUACAAACAAACCAGUUUGCUUAGGUAAACUAACCUCUGAACCGUAUUAAACUUUAUUAAACAUUUAGUGUGCUUUUAAAAUCAAAACAUUCAAUCUUCUUUUUAUGAAUCCUUUGUAAAACACAUCUUCCUUCUCUGGGGACAAUUCACUCAGGUAGGAUUCUAAAAGUUGAUACAGAGCGGCAGUUUUUAAAAGGUUUUUAGAGGAACAAAAAUCCGAAUAAGUUUGCUUGUCAUAUUAAAACUUAUCAUAGUUUCCUGGGACUUGAUUAGCAAAUUCUUAUCUGCCCUUUUUCAGGUUGUAUCAAGUGAAGAAUAAUUGGAGAGAUUACGAUAAGUGGACUAGAAAUAUUUGUUUAAAUAAAAAAUAACUCAAAUGA